GAAGCACAAAGACCGACUUUGGUCCUCAGUUGAAAUCUCUGAACAAGGAACGCUUCACUGUAGUUGGCUGGGAUCCUCGUGGUUAUGGAAAGUCCCGCCCCCCAGACCGAGACUUCCCCCCUGACUUCUUUGAGAGAGAUGCUAAGGAUGCAGUGGGUCUGAUGAAGACUCUGGGCUUUGGGAACUUCUCUCUGCUGGGUUGGAGUGACGGAGGAAUCACCGCUCUGAUUGCAGCUGCCACAAAUCCUGAGCUCAUUAAGAAAAUGGUCGUUUGGGGAUCCAACGCCUUCGUUUCUGAGGAAGACCUCAAACUUUACAACAUGGUCCGGGAUGUCUCCAGGUGGAGUGCACGCAUGCGGCAGCCCAUGGAGGAGGUUUACGGAUCUCAAGUGUUUGCUCAAACAUGGGAGGCCUGGGUGGAUGGAAUCGCACAGUUUGCCAAAAGACCAGGAGGAAGUAUAUGCAGGGAACAGCUGCCCUUUAUCAGCUGUCCAACCCUGAUCGUCCAUGGAGAGAAAGACCCCAUGGUGCCAAGCUUUCAUCCUCAGUACCUCCUCGAACACAUCAAAGGAUCCAGAUUUCAUUCCAUGCCAGAAGGAAAACACAACCUCCACCUGCGGUACGCUGAUGAGUUCAACAAACUGGUUGAAAACUUUCUUGAAGAAUGAAAAACAGAAGCAGUUAUUCUUAAAAAAAAAGAAAAAAAAAGUGUUAAACUUGCUGCAAACCAGUCUUAACUUCUUUGUUGUACACGACCCAAGAAUGUGAAUUGUCCAUCACAUGGAUAUUUUUGAAACAACCACAUCUAUUGAUGGAAAUGAAAGCCAAUUUUCUGAGAAAACAUGAUCAAUAAAACUUUUUUAAAGA